CAAAUAAGCGCGUGGUUCGUCUUUUCGUUGUUGCUGCUGUUAUCAUACGCGUGGGCUUCUUGCUUUUGCUUUUGCUGUUUUUGCUGCUGCUGUUGCCGCUAACGACUUGUUAUUUUUUGCGCACUUCCAUAAGGUCGCGCGCGCGCGCUCGUGAAUCUGCUUUCAUUGCUCUAUUGGACCACGUUUAUGUGGCCUCUCCGUUCAGGCUGGGCCUGGAAGUAUAAUUUAAAUAAUUAAGCAAUUAGACAAUCUGCAAAAGCAAUAAUAACUGCAGUUGAGUGAUUUCGUGCUUCUUUCUGCUUUGGGUGGCGCUAUAGUUAUAGGAAAGUGAAUGAAGCAAUCGAAGAAGGAUCGAACUUGAGCAACGUGAUUUGGUCAGAGUGAUCCCGCGACCAUGUUUGGCUUCCAGAACUCGUGUGUCGUUCUGGACUCGAAGGCGCGCUGCCGAUUAACGGACGUUAAUGAGAGGCACUUUAAGACGUUUAAUCACUUUGGCAACGGUGAUGUCCACGUUCGCGGCCACCAGCGUGUCCCGUCCGACACGAAGGAGUUCCACGAGGCCACCAAGCGUGAUGCGUUGAUCCGUUUGCGCAAAGAUUUGGACAAUCUGCUGCACUCGGCGGACGAUGACAAAAAGGCGACCGUCCAGAAGGAAAUGUGCGGCUUCGAGGCCCUGUUCCAUCGCUUCCUGCAGGAGGACGGCCCGUCGGUCGAGUGGGACAAAAUCGAGAAGCUGCCCCAGGAUGCCGUCAAGGAUUACUCCAGCCUGAAGACGCCCCAGGAGUCGGAGAUUCGUGCCAUGCUGGACAAACUGGUCGUGGUCAAGCUGAACGGUGGUCUCGGAACGUCGAUGGGUUGCCACGGACCAAAGUCCGUCAUUCCGGUGCGUAACGACCUUACAUUCCUGGAUUUGACCGUGCAGCAGAUUGAGCACCUGAACAAAAAGUACAGCGCCAACGUGCCGCUCGUGCUGAUGAACUCGUUCAACACCGACGAGGACACCGAAAAGGUCAUCCGCAAGUACAAGGGAUUCCAGGUCCAGAUUUAUACCUUUAACCAGAGCUGCUACCCGCGCAUCAGCCGAGACUCGCUGCUGCCGGUGGCGAAGGAUUUCAACAUCGAAGCUGACAUUGAGGCAUGGUACCCUCCCGGUCACGGUGAUUUCUACCAGUCGUUCCAGAACUCGGGUCUGCUAAAGAAGUUCAUCGACGAAGGCCGCGACUAUUGCUUCCUGUCCAACAUCGAUAACUUGGGCGCAACGGUUGACAUCAACAUUUUGAACCGAUUGCUCGGCAGCGACCGCCAGGGGGACAAGCCGAUCGAGUUCGUGAUGGAAGUAACCGACAAGACCCGGGCUGACGUUAAGGGUGGUACCUUGAUCCAGUACGAACACAAGCUGCGACUGCUGGAAAUCGCUCAGGUCCCCAAAGAGCACGUCGAUGACUUCAAGUCGGUGAAGACGUUCAAGUUCUUCAACACCAACAAUAUCUGGGCCCGUUUGGAGUCGAUCGAACGUGUCCUGAAUGCGCGCACAAUGAACAUGGAGAUCAUCGUCAACAACAAAACGCUGGACAAUGGCAUGCGCGUGAUUCAGCUGGAGACGGCCGUCGGUGCGGCGAUGAAGUGCUUCGACGAUGGAAUCGGAAUCAACGUUCCGCGGUCACGCUUCUUGCCGGUCAAGAAAACGUCCGAUCUGCUGCUGGUCAUGUCCAAUCUGUACAGCCUCAAGUACGGGUCGCUUGUCAUGUCGCCGCAGCGCAUGUUCCCCACGACGCCCUUGGUCAAGCUGGGAGACAAUCACUUCAGCAAGGUCAAGGAGUUCCUGGGACGCUUCGCAAAUAUUCCCGACUUGAUCGAGCUGGACCAUUUGACCGUUUCGGGAGAUGUCACGUUCGGCCGUGGAGUGUCGUUGCGUGGAACGGUCAUUAUCAUUGCCAACCAUGGUGAUCGGAUCGAUAUUCCUGCGGGAGCCAUCCUGGAGAAUAAGAUCGUAUCCGGUAAUAUGCGCAUUCUGGAUCACUAAGCGGGUCGUCACGCGCUAUCUUAUGCACGGUAGAUUAGAGGCGUUCGUAGGGCAAGUAGAUGAACCUGUCUCUGGCAAUAUUUUGUGUGUGUGAGUUUCCCGAAUGGAAUUUGCGAAUUUAUUUAAAAACUGUUCAAAACGGUGUGUCAUCUCCACAAAUCAAAGAUUAUUAUUGGGUUUAACUAGGUUUAAGUUUUAAACAAACCAACAUUUGAUAUUUUGUGUUUUUGCUUGCAUGUCUUAAGGCAUAUUUUAUAGAAAUUGUUGAUUGUUAAUAAGAUUGCUAUAAUAGUAGUGAAAA